UCAGCGUCUCCGGAGAACCGAGACGAGCACACAACGACUGUUUCUGGAUUCUUGGAGGGUUCGAAGCGAAACGACGAACAAAAAUGUUCAUGUUGGGCCCCGUCUCGGCGCUCGACUGCAUCGCCUUCUGCGUCUUCCUGGCGAUCCAGCUGCCAUUGCAGGUCGGCCUGUUCGAGACGCUUGGGGUCCUGAUCCCAUGUCUGCCGUUUCUGCUCCUCAAACUACCGUUCCAGUUCCUCAAGACGCGCUUCCUCGUGCCCGCGCACCGGCAGCCCCCGUUCGUGGCCGUCGCGAGCCCCUUUGAGGACUUUGUCAUCCGCUGCGUGCGGUACGCGUUCUCCAACAUCCCGCCCAAGAUCGGCAGGGUCUUCUUCUCCAAGGCCGUGGCGCUCCCGUUCCUGAGGUUCAGGCUGCUGAGGCACGGGUUCCUCAAGACCCCGUUGCAUUGGAGGGAGUAUGGCGAUGGUGAGAGGAAACGAUUCAAGGGGAUAUGGAUUAUCCAGGAUCCCACAAAGAGGCCUGAUUGCUGCAUCUUCUAUGCUCAUGGUGGCGGCUUCAUGAUGGGGUCGUCAUACUUCUACCUCGAAUUCCUGCUCACCUGGCUGAGCCUCCUGUCGGAGAGUGGCUACAAGAAUCCGGCCAUCUUCUCGCUCGAGUACACUCUGGUACCUGACGCGUGCUUCCCUACGCAGCUCAACCAGUCCAUCGCCGCCUAUGAGCACGUCUCGUCCAUGGUUGGAGACGCCUCCAAGAUCUGCGUCGCCGGAGACUCGGCGGGCGCGGGCAUCGUGCUUACACUGCUAUUCCACAUUGCCAGACCUGACGCAAAGCCUAGGCGGGUGUCCUACGUGCCGACCUAUUCUCUGCAGAAGCCUGGUUUUGCCGUGCUCAUCUCACCAUGGGUCACCAUGGUCUCGCCGCUGCAUAGGAACACGGAGAGCGACUACCUCGAGGCCAGCCAUCUUCAUGGAUAUGCCAAACAGUAUGCCGGCGGUGCACAGUUUGUCCACGACCCUCUGAUAUCUCCGGGCAGCUGUCGCGAUGUCGAUUGGUGGAGCGAAGCGCUCCCGAGUAGGGGCGUUCACCUCACGUAUGGUGCCGAAGAGAUGUUGGCGGCAGGAAUAGCUGACCUCGAGGAUUUCCUGCGGCGGAAUAGCUUCAGGGUCACUCAGCAUGCGGAAGCUGGGGAGAUCCAUGCCUGGCCAGUCGCCAGUCUAUUCUUGUGCAACACAAUCGACGCGCGGAAGAAGGGCUUGGCCGAUAUUGUGAAGAAAAUCAAGGAGAACAUCACGAGCGACGAGGCCAAUGAGGGAAAGUAAAGAGUCAUGACAGAGACGACGAGAACCACGAAAGGAGAAACAUGCGGGGUGACACAGCCAUGUCAGAUUAGAUCAAGUAACGCCUUCAUCGAUCGCUCCAAUGCCCUAGAAACCUUGACGCCAUG